AUGAAUUCUGAAAAGGCUGGUCAGAAAGCAAAAAACACCGUAUUUCCAACCUGCAAACUAUUUAGUUAUUUAUUCCACCUUGAACAAGGCCUCGGGGGUAAAGUGAAGUGCAAGAAGAAAAUCUCACUACUACAUAAACUACAUAUUGAAAACAUGAAAACCACAAUUAUUUGUAAAAAAAAGCUGCUAGCUCUUUCAUUUGUUCCACUACUGCAUCAAGUCAUCACUGCAUUUGAAGUACUAAGUGAAACUUACUCAGGUGUUCUAGAAAAAGUGUGCGAAUACUGGGAAGAUAAUUAUAGUGGUCGUGAAAAACAAAACCGCCAAGUGACAGCACGAUUUCCAGUGACAUUUAGGAAUGUUCGCGAUCGGUGCAGGAGAACCUGGUACGAACAAAUAACUCAGUUGAGGGAUGGCAUCAUGCAUCCCGUUGAUUGUCACCACCCGAAUGUUUGCAAGCUUAUUGAUCACUUCCGCAAAGAACAUAAGUUUACCGAAGACAAAAUGGUUCAGCACAAUGGAGGAGAACGAAAAAAAGCUGCCAGCAAAUCCAAAUAUCUCAAACUGGAUGAAUAUUUCCAACUUAUUACACCAUAUCAGGAAUGGAAUUUUUACGUCGCAUUGCAUAUAGUUUUUGACUUUGUAAUUUACAGUUUUAAUUGGUUUAAUAAAAUAGUAACGUUUAUCACUUAA